AUGAGCGUGAUCGCAGAAGACGUCCAAGUUGCCCAUCCCACUCCCGGUGCUCUGCUCGCCGCUAUGGAGCAGAGAGAUGCAUUGGACAGCGAUGAACGGGCUACGAAGCGGCGCAAGGUUAUCAAGUCUGGGCCAUAUAGUCUUGCUCAGGUCAACAGGCUCUCAUCAGCGGGAAUACCAUUGGGUUAUAUCCCGUUAGCUAGAUUGACAUUGCGCAUGAGCUUCGCAGAUGAUACCAAAAUGAAUGGAGAUUAUACGCAUGAAACUUCGAACUCGUCUCGUCGGCUUCCUGUCAUUCUUAAUGUCAGCCCUAUACAUUCUAUCGACGAUGAUCCAUCCUCUAGCUCCCACGAACCCUCAUCCAAUCGCGAUUCCUAUACAAUUGAGCUUUUCCCAGUUGAGAUCGAAAGCAAAGACCCAAUGAAAUUGCUAUCUUAUACCUUCAAUGAGCCGAAAUCGUCGGAUCUAUUCGAACAACUCUACCUCGCCAGCGGGCUCACAUGCGCAGAUCGAUACUUCCAACGUGCCCCAGCUACAUGUUAUCAAGCGGCACUAUUCAGAUCAGAUAUUGGAACUUUCUCCUUGGAAGUAAGUAUAAUUUGGAAGGAUUCAUUGGAGAUACCGGACUUUUCGCACAUUCAAGACCCAACCUUGCAUGUUUUUGCAAGAUAUGCCUUACACGAAAGGCAUGGUCAACCCGAGAGCCACUCUGCGAAGCGCGAGAUUCGUGAGAAGAUACUUGGGGCUUCUCGUAAUUGGGCUCCGCGUGAGUUUUAUAACAGUGUACAUGUCCCAGAAAACACGAAACAAGCUUCGGCAGAUAUUAAAUGCCCUAACCUGGUGUGUGAUCUGUUCCCUUUCCAGCGAAGGGCUGUUCGCUGGCUUCUGCAGAGAGAGGCGAUGGAGCUGCAGCCUGAUGGGAGCGUUGUUCCUAUUGCAGAAAGGAAUCUUCCCGGUAGUCUCCCCGCGUCAUUCAAGGAGAUGAAGGAUGCCGAUGGGAGAACCUGUUAUUACAGUCAUCUUUUCAUGACCAUUACUUCAAAUAUCUCAAUAUGGAGUUCUGCUGAAACCCAUCUUAAAGGUGGGGUUCUCGCCGAAGAGAUGGGUCUAGGCAAGACUGUGGAGAUGAUAGCCCUGAUUAAUCUCAAUCGACGGGGUGAACAAUUAAAGCCCGAUCCUGACGGAUUGAGAGUAUCAGGAGCUACAUUGAUCAUCACACCACCUGCUAUUCUAGAGCAGUGGAAACAGGAGCUUCAGCAACAUGCUCCUGACCUACGAGUGCAUCAUUACACUGGGAUUAAGCGUGGGCAAGAAAAAGCAGACGACCUGGUCAUCGAAGAGCUUACGGAAUUCGAUGUCGUAUUAACCACAUACAAUGUCAUUUCUCGUGAGGUACACUACGCCGGUGCUGCACCAAAGCGAAGCCUGCGCCAUGAGAAGAGAUUCGAGCCUCGCAAGACGCCUCUGGUUCGAAUCUCAUGGUGGCGAGUAUGCCUUGACGAAGCCCAAAUGAUCGAGAGUGGUGUCAGCAAUGCUGCCAAAGUUGCCCGAUUGAUUCCCAGAGUCAAUGCCUGGGCUGUCACCGGUACGCCCCUUCGUCGAGAUAUCGAUGAUCUUUUUGGUCUCCUGCUGUUCCUGCACUACUAUCCGUUUUGCUACUCCAAUCCCUUGUGGAAGCGAUUGUAUUCCAGGUUCGGGUCAAUCCUGGUACAAAUAAUUCAGAACAUUGCGCUUCGACAUAGUAAAGAUCGCGUUCGUGACGAACUUCGCUUGCCACACCAGAAGAGAGUUGUCAUUACAACCCCGUUCACAGCAGUUGAAGAACAGCAUUAUGGUCAACUCUUUGAGACAAUGUGCGAACAAUGCGGUCUUGAUGCGACAGGCGCACCAGUUCGCAGUGAUUGGGACCCUGAAGAACUGGGAACAGUUGAACGAAUGCGUAGUUGGUUAACACGGCUCCGACAAACAUGUCUCCAUCCUGAAGUUAGUGGGAGUAACCGACGAGCGUUGGGUGCUGGAAAUGGGCCACUACGAACUGUCGAUGAGGUCCUUGGAGUUAUGAUUGAACUUAACGACACAUCAAUCCGUACUGAAGAGCGAUCCCUACUCUUUUCCCAGCUGCGCCGAGGCCAACUUUUAGAGAAUGCAAAGCGCCGGAAAGAGGCUCUGGCCCUUUGGCAAGCUGUUCUGGAGUACUCUAAUGGGAUUGUCUCAGAUUGCAGAUUACAACUUCAACAUCAGAAAACCCUUCUGAAAGACGCUUCAAAAGAUGGGUUAAAAUAUGUACCUGAGGACCUCAGUGAUGAUGAAAGCGAAGAGGCCGAGAAGAACAGCCGUCUUAGUCAAUGUCGACUGAAACUGCGGAUGGCACUAGAGGUUCAACAUAUUGCUGUCUUUUUCACAGCGAAUGCGUAUUACCAGAUCAAAUCAGAUCCUGCUCUGACUCAGCCUGACUCGGAUGAUUUCAAGGCCCUCGAAAAGAAGGAGGAGGAGGGCUACGAAGCUGCCAAGCUCAUCCGUAAGGAGAUGCUUACCGAUACCUCCCGAAAGGUUGAGCGGUAUAUGAAGAUGAUCAAGGAGAAAGCGCAUAAUAAGCAAUUUGUCCGGAUCCCGAAGAUGAAGCCCUAUUUGUACAACCGGGGGCUGGAGUCGUAUCGACUAUUCAAUAAGUUCGAGGACCUGUGCACCGCACUGAAUAGACACGCUGAACAAUACAAUGAAUGGAGAGAGGUGAUGAUCAAAUUGGUUUCGCAGUCUCUCAUCGAUCAAGAAGAGGAUGCUGAACUCGAGGGCAACGAGUAUGAGCGAUCGACAAAACAUCAAGACGAGAUGUAUGUGUACAUGGAAGCGCUCCGAGCAAUGUAUGCAGAUCGUCACGAUGCCCUGACCGGUCAGAAGAACAUUCUCAUUUCCCACGAAGCCAAGGCUGGUAUCCUCCAAGCACAGAAAGACGAAGGACCUUCACCUAAGCUGUUCCUCUCUAUUAUGAAUACGCGCAGUGAAUUAAUGCCAGAUCCCGAGCUCGGAUCUCUGAGAGGUCUUGUCAGUGAACUUCGUAGUCUCGUCACUUCGUUGGAUUGGCAAGCCAAUGGGGGAAGCACACGGGCCCGUGCUGAACUGGAUUUGGUAACUGAGGUUCUGAAAAACGCCGGUCAAAUGAUCAGUGAGCAAUCGAAAGUGUCGGCCAGCUUGGAGAGGGAGGUCGAGACAUUCCGUGACACAAUGAAUAAUCGUCUAGAGUAUUAUCGACAGCUGCAACAGAUUUCAGACACAGUCGCGCCAUAUGAUGAGGAAAGUGCUGGAAAGCCCAUGGAUGAGUUACUUUUUCUUACCAAGAUCAAGUCGGAAGAAGCGCUUGAAGGCAAGAUAUCUUCGUUGAAGUCGAAGAGGCGGUACCUCAUUCAUCUUCGUGAUGAAUCUGGCUCGGAAGAUACGAAUCGGAUUUGCAUCAUUUGCCAAUCCAGUUUCGAAGUUGGUGUAUUAACCGUCUGUGGCCACAAAUACUGCAAGGACUGUCUGCAAAUGUGGUGGCGACAGCACCGCACUUGUCCCAUCUGCAAGAAAUCCCUGAAACUGAGUGACUUCCACCAGAUCACAUACAAGUCGCAGGAACUAGUUGCUCAAGAAGAACAACCUGCCACCAAGUUCGAUCAUGAGCACCAUCCCAAGAAUGCUAUCUACAGCGAUAUCAGCUCAGGUGUUCUCAAUGAAAUCAAAAACAUUGACCUGGACGGCUCAUUCGGUACUAAGAUUGAUACUCUUGCUCGCCAUCUGAUCUGGCUGCGAGAACAUGAUCCCGGUGCCAAGUCAAUUCUAUUCUCCCAGUACAAGAAUUUCUUAGGUGUUCUUCAACGAGCCCUCGGUCGCUUUCAGAUCACGUCCAGCAGUAUUGAUACACAUGGUGGUAUUGAGAAGUUUAAGAACGAUCCUGCAGUGGAGUGUUUCUUGUUGCAUGGUAAGGCUCAGUCCUCGGGACUGACGCUUAUCAACGCCACCCAUGUGUUCUUGUGUGAGCCGUUGAUCAAUACUGCUAUUGAGCUGCAGGCUAUUGCUCGAGUUCAUCGAAUCGGUCAACAACGUCCUACAACUGUUUGGAUGUAUCUUGUCUCUGGCACGGUGGAGGAAUCCAUCUAUGAACUUUCUGUGGCUCGUCGGCUAGCCCACAUUAUCGAGAAGGAGAAACAGGAGAAUGGCCAAUCGACACUUCCUGAGAUUGAUGAAGCAUCACUCGUUGAUCUUACGGAAACGGCGAUAGAUUCGGCGAAUUCCAUGGAGAUGCAAGAUGCAACUCUCACAAGCCUAAUGACGAGUGGUGCUUCGGGUGGCGAAAUGGUGCGAAAGGAUGAUCUCUGGCAGUGUCUCUUCGGGAACUCUGCUCAGAAAGAUAGCAAUGACAGCUCCGCUGAUGCAGAAAGGGAAGUUGGCAGAUUCCUGAGAGGCGAAGCAGCCGGGGAAAGGAGAAACGAAUCUAUGACCCAAUGA